AUGUCGGAAGCCGGCCUAGCGGAACGAAUUGACGCCAACAUCGCCCAGUUCUUCUCGUCAUGGAACAUUUGGACGACCAUUCUUGCUCUCGCUCUCGCAGUGUUCCUCAUCUACCCGGUGCUUACAGGUCGUGACCCAGAUACUCACCCCUAUCUGCUCGCAAGACAAGCUCAGGUUGCACCCAUCCGUCAAUCAGGUGAGUCGGCCGUCUACCGCGCCAUCGAUAUUCCACAUGGCUAUCCUCUCCGUGCCGGGCUGGGCGUCAAAGACCCGGGGACACCAAAGUGGAGUUCUGGCCGACCGGGAGAUCUGCGCGAUAUCUGGAGGACGGCAGUCCGCGGCGCGGUCAAUGAAGAGGGCAACCCGACGGGUCAGAGAGGCAAAAUUUUGACGGUGCUCGGCCUGGAAAAGGUCGUCGAUCACAAUCUCGAAGAUUUGACGCUCGGAAUUAAUGUCAUCGGUCAAUACGUGAAGCGGAACAAUGGUCAAUCUGUGGCCGUCUGCCUCUCAAAUUCGGUCGAACUGUUGUCUUCCGUUUUUGCUGGCUCGUUCUACGGCUUCUCGACAAUUCUCCUCCCAUACGGCCUUACGCCCGACAAGCUCAACUCGCUUCUCUCCAAGGUGUCAGCUGACCAUGUGAUCGCCGAGGCCGGCACGCUGGACCUUGAAACCAUGUCCUCGAGCGCCAAAAGCAUCAAGAACAUCAUUUGGGUCACCCGCCCAGAAAAUAGGCACAUGGACUGGUCAGAAGGUUCUCCCGAAGGCUUUGAGGUUAGCUCAUGGCAGGAACUUGUGCAGAAGAACCAGCGACCCACCAACUCAGAGGUUUUGCCUUUGGACAAAGAUUCUCAAGUCCCGCCUGUGUCGAUUUUCUGUCCGACGGCUAGCGGAGGUUUCGACCUGGUCAAAUACACCUCAGAAAACCUCAUAUCCGGUACCGCUGCACUUCUGGCCACCCUGCCACGUGCUCAGAAACUUAGUCCGAGCGACUCGUUACUGCCCACCAUACCUUUAACAGAUAGCUACACUCUGUGCUGGAUCUUUGCCGCCCUCUACUCCAACGCAACGCUGGCCCUCAACUCCGUCUCCGGAGACAACAUUGAUCUCGCCCACGCCACCUCCCGGACAUCUCCAACCGUCGUCCUCGCCUCCCCCACCACUGUGCAAGCCUACUUAUCCCACCCGAAUACAACCCUCCCCAGCGGGCUGUCAAAGUACAUGACCACACGCACCUUACAGCAAGGGAAUCUCCCCUCGAAACAGGCCACCACUUCCAACACCCUCUCGCACCUCCGCGUCCUUCUGAUCCCUCAAUCUGUCACGACUCCAAAAUCAGCCCGCCUGUCGUCGUCGACACUGCACAGUAUUCGCACGCACUUGAAAUGCCGGAUCGGGUACGCGCUGACGAGUCCGUCCGUGGCGGGCGCGAUCGCGCAGACCAACAUCUUUGAUUACCGUGACAAGGGCGGUAAAGUGUGCUGCGUCGGCGCUCCGCUUAGCAGCGUCGAGGUCAAUUUGGCAGGAGAGGAGGGCGUUAUGGGAUCGCGUACUCCGCGUGGAGCAACGCUUACAAUCAAAGGUCCCGCGGUGGUCGGUGGAAAGACAACACUCGAGGACAUCCACGUGCAGAUCGAUGAGGAUUAUACGUUGCUUCUGCUCUGA